AUGGGCUGGCUGCCCGACGGCGACGACGACGACCUGUCCUUCGAGACGACGCCCCGCGGCCCGCCGCCGGGCCCGCUGAAGCCGCUGCCCCCGCGGUCGACGAAGCGGCGGGCCGUCGUCGUGGACAGCGACCUGACGAACUUCGCGGGCGACUUUUGGGGGCUCGCGUAUUUGCUGAGCUCCAAGGACUGCGACGUCGUCUACGUCAUGGCGUCCGGCGGCGACACGCGCAUGAAGAUGCGCAUCCUCUCGAAAUUCCUCGCCCACUGCGGCCGCGAGGACGUCGAGGUCGGCGCGGGGCCGCCGGGCGCGGAGCCCGGGUGGCUGGCACCCGACGCGCGCGGGUCCUACCGGCCCGCGGCGGAGUGGUCCGAGGGCUGCGUGCCCCACCCGGUGCUGCGGGACUGGGCGAAGCACUACGACGACUCGCGGCACCUGGCCCGGGGCCAGUUCUACGACCCGGUCGUGCGGCUCCGGGAUCGGCUCGACGCCGCCGCCGCGGCGGGCGCGCCCGCGACGGUCGUCUGCCUGGGCUCCGCGGAGACCCUGCGGCGCCUGUUGGACCUCGACGCCGACGCCCUGAGCCGCGACGGCCGCGACGUGCGCGUCUGCUGCCGCUUCGGGAGCCUCGACGGGUCGCGCGCGCGGGCCGCGCGGCCCGAGGCCGCGCGGCGCGUCUUCGCGGCCGUGGGCGACGUCGUCGUGCUGCCCGUGGACGCCUGCGCCGCCGAGGACCACACGCCGACGGGCCAGACGUCGCUCGCGAAGCUGCCGCCCUUUUUGUGCGGCGACUCGCAGAUUUCGCUCGCGCUCGCGCAGGUGCAGCUGGCCUUGACGCACGUGUGCCGCGCGGACCCCUGCCGCGACUUCCUGGCGGGCGCCCUCGCGGCCUUCCUGGGGGCGCCGCCGGACGAGGACGCCCUCGAGCUGCUCGUGCGGCGGUCCGACCCGGCGGCGCGGUGGGACGUCGACGGCGCGGGGCGCCUCGCGCCGUCCGACGGCGGCUUCGCCGUGCGCGUCGUCACGGGCUGGGCCGACGACGUCGCCGCGGAGACGCUCCGGGACCUGCUCGUGGGCCUCGUGGCGAACGCGGCGCGCGUCCGCGCCGCCAAGGACCGCGCGCCGCCGUCGCGCCGCGAGAAGCCGCCGCGCGCCGCGACGGCGCCGCCGUCGCGCCGCCCGAGCACGUCGUCCUCCGUGUCCAUGGCCUGGACGUCGCGGAGCGCCGCGGCGACGACGACGACGUCGCGCCGCCCGAGCACCGCGACGCUCCGCCGCUGGCAGCCGGGCUUCCUCGGCGAGAGCGACCCCAUACCGAGCUUCAUGUGA